AUGGAAGGACUCAUUGAACAAAGUUGUGCAUGCUUACAAUUGUCAAGAAAUGACGUCACUGGGUUCUUGCCAUUCUAUUUGCUUUUCGGGCGGUCACCUCGUCUUCCAGUUGACUUGAUGUUUGGUCUCUCACGGGUUGAAGCUUGUGUAACUCAUCGGGGGUAUGCAGAGAAGUGGCAGAUCGCUAUGAAGGAAGCCUAUUCACUGGCCGCAAAGAAUAAUCUUCAAUCUACAGUCGCUGGCAAGAAGCAGUAUGAUAAAAAGGUGCGGUUUUCAAGCUUGCAACCUGGAGAUUGAGUACUAGUGGGCAACUUGUCGGAGCGAGGCGGCCCAGGCAAAGUCAGGUCUUAUUGGGAACAACAGAUUCAUGUUGUGGUUGGGCAGAGAGGGAACCUUCCUGUUUACGAGGUCAGGCCUGAAGGACAGACUGGGAAGCCUAGAGUGUUGCAUUUAUCUAUUACUGCCGUGUACUUUUCUUCCAGUUGACCCACUAGAACCUCCCCUCCAUUUCAUUCGAGAAACAGUGAGUGCCAGUCCUUCCCAGACAGUUGCUGGCAGGCCUCAGACUUAUGAAUUCGGCGCAAGUGAAUCAGAAGAUGAGGAUGAACCCUUUGGUUUGUUGCCUCCAGAGUUUGAGACACUGCAGAUGUCUGCACCUACAGGAGACCCUGAACGUCUCGUGGCAGACCAGCCAGAGCAGGAUACAAAUGAAGUUCUGACGGAAGAUGUAGAGACACCUCAUCAUGAUGAAGUCACAGACGAACCUGUGCUACCUGACUCUGAAGCUGAAGACGACGUCAUUACUGAGCAGGAGGCGGAACAAAACCAUUGCCGCCCUAUGCGUGCCCAACGCCCACCAAAUGUGCUGUGUUAUGAUCAGUUG